AUGAGUUACAAUAACAGUUAUAAUCAUCCUUAUGAUCCUCAUUAUCAGUACUGGGAAAAUUUUGAUCCCAAUUCUGACCCGGCCGCGGCUCACAGUGCUCAACCACCAUACCCCACGCCAUACCCUUAUUACAGUUCCAAUCCCAACUUUGUCCCCAUGCCCCUUGCUUCUACCUCUAGUCAACCCGUUGUACCCCCUCCUACUUCAGAAACCACGUCAAAGUCAAAGGCAGGCAAGCGUAGAAAAGUAGCCAAGGCAUGUUUGUUUUGCAAGAGAUCUCAUAUGACUUGUGAUGAUUCUCGUCCGUGUCAACGUUGCAUCAAACGAGAGAUUGGUCAUCUGUGUUGCGAUGAACCACCCUCAAGUACUGCUACUGGAUCAGCAGUCGAACGUAAUCCACCCCAAUCUUCUCUUCGAAAUAUCAUAACGAAUCCCUCAAAUCGAUUAUCAGAGUUGUCGUCUAUGGAAAACUCGAUGAAUAACUCAAACCAACAUCGAGUGCAGUUGACUAAUCGCUUAGAUAUCGAUCCGUCAAUCACUACACCGCAUCAUCUUCAACCCUAUCAGAACCUGUCGUCCACCGGAACAGGUUCCUCAGGACAGAUCUCAGGAAGCCGAGGGAUAACUGAACCAUCUUCACGUCAACCUCCUCUGAUUCCUACCGGAGGCUCAAGUAACUCACUCCUCUCAGUAAUGAACCUACGCAAUCCUAACCCUCCUGAGCAAAGCCUUUCCCCAAAACUCGAUUUCAAUGACAUCCUUAUGUCAUAUCCAGGUCUUUUCUCCGAUCAGAUCGGUAGUAUGUCUGAUACUAUCACUCCUGCCAAUCAUCGAAAUGAAGUUAGAAGUCGAAAUCCUAUCGAAAGUGGUCGAAAUAGCUCAAGGUUCAAAGAUCUUACACUUUUCGAUUACCAGCAAGGCCAUCAUAAACUCCUAGAUUGGAUUCAUCGCAUACCUUCUGCAGAUACAAAGUCCAAACUUUUAAGGACCAUAGGAGAUUUUCAACCUCACCUCUUGGCAAUCACCUCAUCAUUGUCAACAUCUGAUCAAAUCGAAUCUGAGAUUUGUUUUUAUAGACUUUUACAAGAAUAUACUCCAAUCUUUAGUACUUUACCUAUUCCAGCUUGUGUUUGGCGUAGGACAGGUGAGAUUGUAAAAACCAAUCAACAAUUUUGUCAAUUGAUUGGUUAUCAUCGAUCUUCCUUCGAAACUGAACCUAAAUGUAUCUAUGAACUUUGGAACGAUGAAAGUAAUUUGAAUUAUUGGGAGAAGUAUAGUGGAAUCGCUUUAGAUGAAAGCCAAAAGGCUGUUUUGACAUCUUGUGUUUUACUUCAAAAUCCUCAACCCAGUUCUCCUUCAGAUCAUAGUCCUCUACCCUGUACCUUUUCCUUCACCAUCCGGCGUGAUCAAUGGGCGGUUCCUAGUCUGAUUGUUGGAAACUUUUUGUUAGUCACCUCUCUUAUCACAACAUUUUUUGACAUCCUUGAACAAGCAAUUGAGAUGUGCGUGUUUUCGUAA